CGUUUGAGCGACAGUUAUUUCUGGAUGGAGGGAGUAUAAUUUUGUUUGAUUGAGAUCGUGUUUUGAACCAUGCAUUGUAUCUGAGAAAAUUGACAAAUUAUGUUCUUCUGUCAGCUUAUGUACUUGUUUGCGUCUCAGUGAUGACGAUUGUAACCACUUUGAUUUAACAGAUCUCACCCUUUCUUCGUAAGAAAAAAACCUAGCUCACUUAUUGUAGCAAAUAUAUCACACCCGUCAGUAAGUCACUAACCAUCAUGUGUCUUGGCUCCCUUCAGUUCUGACGAAUGUAUAGGACAUGUACAAAGCAUAUGAGUCAUGGUCUUUUGAUUAACUGUAUACAAGCAAUCACGACAUCUAAACAAAACUAACUUUCUUAAUCAUGCCUGAUCAUUGCUAGUUUAUUGCAUUUGUCUUAAGAUGCUGCAGAAGGGAGUUGAUGGCCUGUUUUUGUCCUCAUUUGCAUAUUAAAUUGCAUCAAUUAAUGUAUUCCCAGGAUUUUUAAUUGUGCAACUUGCCUAUUAUUUCGCAGAGACAAAUCUCAAGCAGACACGUGCACCAGGUUUCGCAUUUGCUGAUGGAAUCUUGAUGAGGUAAACAGAUCAGAGUCUUACCUGCUUGCUGGUUCCGUGCAUCAUCAUCCAUCGUUGUCAAUAAGCAAGCUGCAGGCUUGCUUAUUAAUGUUUACAUCACAUCAGAGCCACUGGCAUCCUAUGUUAAAUAUAUUACUACAGAGCAGACUUUGUAGACUGUGUUAUGUAGUUGACAUAGUUUAUGCAAGCUCCCCUCACUAUUGGUGUGAUAUAAGAGAAGGAUGCUUCUUAUAUCUUUCACGAGGAAGAACACGAUGAUUCAGUAGGAACUACACUUCAGCUGCUUUCAACCAUUCCUCUGGUUGUGCUUACACUCCAUUUAGUUUCCAACAUUCUGCUUGUGCUUACACUCUACUUCUGCAUCCAUUCUUUUGAUAUCUGACUCAGCACAUGCUUCAUGAUCGGUGCGCCUGUUCUUAUUGUUUGUUGGACUGCUUAGCAAAGAUAUCCUGUUGGGAGGGAACAAUUCAUACAAAACAUCCCGCUCUGCUGCAGCAGUCUAAUCAAUUUAACAUAUUCAGUGUGGCUUCCUUUGGUAAUUUGCUGAUAAUCCUCUGCUUUCUCUUCUAUAUGCCGGUCUAGUCAACCUGUUACCUUCCAUCUCCCUUGGGUUCGGCCAUCUAGAUCUUAAGUAGUUAUGGGUUCAUCAAGAUCUUGGAAGUGGUGAUUGGUUGACCACUGGAGCAAUCUGCUUACGUGAGAUCAUUAAUUCGAUUGUUGUUACCGACUGUUUAUUUCUUGCUUUAAGGUUGGUUUGAAAGCCUGCAAAUUUGCCACACUUCCAGAGAAAUUGCUUUGUAAAUUGGUGGAUUAAACUCAUCAAGUUUGUCUGAUGGCAGCCAUACUGGGUUCUCUUGUCGGAACAUGUGCCAAAAGAUUGCAAGAAAUAAUUACAGAAGAGGCGGUUCUUAUUCUAGGGGUAAAUAAAGGUCUUAGAGACCUGCAGCGAACAAUGACUCAAAUACAAUGCUUUCUCAAUGAUGCUGAAGAAAGGAGGACAGAAGAGUCAGCAGUCAACAAUUGGCUUGGUGAGCUGAAAGAUGCUAUGUAUUAUGCUGAUGACAUUAUUGACUUGGUGAGAUUUGAAGGAGGCAAGUUACUAGCUGAACAUAAUUCCUCAUCAACAAAGGCAACCGAAUGUGGUGGAAUUUCAUUUUUCACAUGCAUUCCCAGUUGUAAGAAGCGUCAUGACAUUGCCAUAAAAAUCAGAGAUUUUAAUGGAGAACUUGAGAAGAUUUCAGAGUUGGGGGCACAAUUUUUAAAGCUCCAGAGUAUGCAGCAUAAAGCGGAAGCUCCACUGGUGAAGCAGAUGAGAACUUGCCACCUUGUGGAGCCUAAUCUUGUGGGAAAGGAAACUUUACAUGCUUGCACAAGAUUGGUUGAACUGGUGCUUCGACAAGAGGACAAGAAGGCGUACAAGGUUGGUAUUACUGGAACAGGAGGGGUUGGGAAGACAACUCUGGCUCAGAAAAUAUGUAAUGACCAAAAAAUAAAAGGAGCAUUUAGCAACCAAGCAUGGAUUUGCGUUUCUCAGGAGUACUCUGAAGUUGCUCUAUUGAAAGAAGUUCUUCGAAAUUUUGGUGUACAUCAGGAGCAAGGUGAAACUGUGGGAGAGCUCAGCAGCAAGCUUGCAGAGGCCAUUCGAGGAAAAAGUUUCUUCCUUGUGCUAGAUGAUGUUUGGCAGUCUCAGGUGCGGACCAAUCUACUGAGAGUUCCAUUACAUGCUGCUGCAACCGGAGUAAUUUUAGUAACCACUCGACAUGAUACAGUUGCACAUGUAAUUGGGGUAGAAGACGUGCAUCGAGUAGAGUUGAUGGCAUUAAAUGUAGGAUGGGAACUGCUUUGGAAGAGUAUGAACAUUAAUCAAGAAAAUGAUGUGCAAAACCUUCGGCAUAUAGGCUUGGAAAUUGUGCGUAAGUGUGGUGGACUUCCUCUUGCAAUCAAAGUUACUGCUAGUGUUCUAGCAACUAAAGAGAGAACUCAGAAUGAGUGGAGAAAGAUUAUGGAGAGAAGUGCAUGGUCUAUGUGCAAUCUUCCAAUCGAGCUCAGAGGUGCUCUGUAUUUGAGUUACGAUGAUCUGCCACGGCAUUUGAAGCAAUGCUUACUCUAUUUAAUCUUAUACCCAGAAGAUCAGUACAUGUACCGAGAUUAUCUUAUCAGGCUUUGGGUUGCUGAAGGCUUUGUUGAGGAGCAUAAAGGACAACUUCUGGAGGAUACAGCUGAAGAAUAUUACUAUGAAUUGAUAUAUAGGAAUCUACUGCAACUCGACCCUUUACGUUUUGACCGUAGCAUGUGCAAAAUGCAUGAUCUCUUGAGGCAACUUGCUCAACACUUUUCAAGAGACGAAAAUUAUUGUGGCGAUCCACAAUCAUUACAGGUUACAACUCUGUCCAAGCUACGGCGUGUUUCAGUUGUCACUGACAAAGAUUCUUUAAUGCUCCCCAAUGUGGACAAAGAGAAGAUUAGAGCAAGGACACUGUUAAUUCAUUCUACUAAGAAAUUGAGUGUUGAAAAUACAAUUUUCAAGAGGCUACCAUGCAUCAGAGUUUUAGAUCUGACUGGUUCAUCUAUAAAAAGCAUUCCAGAUUGCGUUGGUGGUUUGAUCCAUCUACGACUUCUUGAUCUAGAUGAGACAGCCAUAUCUUGUCUUCCAGAGUCAAUCGGUUCUUUGACAAACCUUCAGAUACUGAACUUGCAAAGGUGCAAAGCUCUGCACAGCCUUCCUUCUUCGAUCACACAAUUGUGCAAUUUAAGGCGCCUUGGUCUAGGUGGUACACCGAUAAAUCAGGUGCCAAAAGGGAUAGGUAAACUAGAAUUCCUCAAUGAUCUGGAAGGAUUUCCUAUUGGUGGUACAAGUGAUGACGCUAAUACACAAGAUGGAUGGAAGUUGGAAGAGUUGGGGCAUCUUUCGCAGCUAAGGCAGCUUGACAUGAUCAAAUUGGAAAGAGCAGCUCCCAGUACAACAAAUUCUUUAUUUUUAAGAGACAAAAAGUAUCUCAAAUUUCUGAAUCUUUGGUGCAGUCAACGUAAAGAAGAACCAAAUUCAGAUGAUAUCAGCAAUAUUGAGAAGAUUUUUGAGCAGCUAAUCCCUCCACACAACUUGGAAAAGCUUAUUAUUGUCAAUUUCUUUGGUCGAGGGUAUCCCACCUGGCUUGGUACCAGUAUCCAUUUGUCUUCAACAACAUAUUUGAACCUUACCGACUGCACAUACUGUGCGCAUCUUCCAGCAAUUUGGCAGCUAGCCAGCCUCAGAUAUCUGAAAAUUGUUGGAGCAACCGCAAUUACCAAGAUCGGACCCGAAUUUGUUGGAUGCGGGGAGGCUAAUCCCAUAGAAUCCACGGAGGCAGUUGCCUUCCCCAAGCUCGAAUACCUCGUCAUCAAGGAUAUGCCCAACUGGAGCGAGUGGUCCUUUGUUGAAGAAGAAGAAGAAGAAGAAGAAGAAGAAGAAGAAGAAGAAGAAGAUGCAAUGGCAGCAGCUACGGAAGGGGGAGUGACUGCGACAUCUCCCCCGAUGCAGCUGCUGCCAUGCCUGAAGAGGUUGGAGCUUCUUGGCUGCCCCAAGCUGAGAGCUCUCCCAUGACAGCUUGGACCGGAGGCCACCAACCUGAAAGAGCUCUUUAUUAUUGGAGCAAGCUGCUUGAAGUCGGUGGAGGACCUCCCUUUCCUGGAGUGUGUCUUGAUCUCAGGAUGUCAGGUCCUGGAGACGAUCUCUAACCUUCCUCGACUCAGGGAGCUACGCAUAAACGAUUGCCGAACAUUGAGGCGUGUCGGUGUCGAGGCGCUGGCAAGCUUGCAGCAGCUAUGGUUGACAGAGAGUAUGCUGGAGAUCUCUUCUUUGCUGUGGGUGCAACAAGAGCGCCGUCAGCUUCACGGCCAUGGGGAAGACCCGCUGGAUGUCUACCAAUGGGCAAUGCCUCUAGCGGAUUAGAUGCCCAAUUAUGUGGCUUCUGAAGACACACGAUGAGGUAUGGCCAUUUACUGACAGACAGUUCGGACUAUUAGAUGCUCCCCUUGGACCAAUAAACGCUCUUAUAUUAGUUUACGGAGGGAGUACCAUUUGUGUUCUCAAGUGAUGGUACAUGUCUUGAGCUUCCAAGAGCAUGGUAGUGUUGUUGCUCACGUGUCCAAGCGACAUUCAGUUUUUACCUUUCAUGUGUUUUGUCCCGAAUUUUGGAGCUCUCGAUGGACAAUAUGAUAGAAUGAGCAGCGCUGGAGAUGUAUGGAUUUAUCUUUAGAGCCAGAUAUUCAAAUGAAAUGUUGCUAUAAUGUAACUGGACCAAACAUCUCAGAUUGUAUCUGAAGUUAUCUUCAUGUAUAAUUUUGUUUGAUUUGA